UAAUGUCGAUAUUUCAUGUGACAGAUAUAUCUGAAAAACCUUCUUCUUAUACUAGCUCCUUAGCAAACAAAGAGGUUUCAUUAAUAAUCUAUAAUAGAUAAAUUAUUAAGCUUUAAGGAGUGAAGUAAGAACUUCCAUCAUUGAUAAAUAUAAUCAUUUCGAAAAGUUGGGAUAAAAACCUUUGAGUCCAAAAGGUGGUUAAUAAACUAGAGAUAGUCCUAGAAAACAUUAAAAUACUCUUCGUACUUUAGAUAUUUUAUUUGGAAAACCAACUUAAAAUUCUGAGUAGGUUUCCCAAUCGUCACCUGCAAAAAUUAGUGGAUUAAAGAAGAAGUAUAACUAUUAUUUAAACUUAAGAAUGCAAUAGAUAGGGACUUAAGAAUAAAUUGGAAAGUUUCAUUUAUCAACAGGUGCUUAAGAUUUUAAAAGUACCUACUAUGACUAAUCAGGAUCUAAAUAUUCUUUCUUAUCACCUUAAAACAGAAAUAAUUAAGAUAAUUUGGUUAGAUCUGGAUCUUAAACUUCAAAAUUCUAUCCAGAAAGAGGGUAAAAUAAAUGAAUAUUAAUAUAUAGUACAUAACUAAGUAAUUCAGUUCCAAUCUAAAGGUUAGUCGAAAUCUAAAAUUUAUUAGAGUUGACACCAGCAAGUGAAUUAUAAACAUUACCAAGAAAGUAAAAUGUAUAAUAAAUUUUAGUUAUUUGGAUGAAUUAUAGAGAGUAGCCAGUUCAAUAUAAAGGAACUUGAAACAUCACAAUGAUAUACGUUUAAAGCAAUGAU